AUGAAAAUACUGGAGAUAACUGGAGAUUUGGAGCUGUGUCCGUGUUUGCGGACGAGCGAUUUCCGAAAGAUGACUAAAAUGAUGUGCCACGAGUAUUUUGUGGACGAUUUCGAAGUAGAAAUGACCGAACAGGUUGAUUCCAUGGACCUCCUUGUGGCGAUGUUUAAUGGUUUGAAAUUAGACGAGAAACGAGAAAUAAAGGAAUCUAAGAAAGAACACUUUGUGAGUAUUAAUACUUCCAAACAGCCAUAA